UAUUUCUCCUCUGAAUAAGUGGCUCGGAGGCAGAGCUGACUUCCGGUAUGUUCACGGAAGAGCACUAACAAGUGUAGCUACUUCCGCCUUCAGCAGCCUCUCAUCAUUCAGAGAAAUGACAGCAACUUUGCGCCCAUAUCUCAAUGCAGUGCGGGCUACCCUGCAGGCUGCCCUCUGCCUGGAGAAUUUCUCCUCACAAGUGGUGGAGAGACACAACAAGCCGGAGGUGGAAGUACGGAGUAGUAAAGAGUUGCUCCUCCAACCUGUGAUCAUCAGCCGCAACGACAAGGAGAAAGUUCUGAUUGAGGGUUCAAUCAACUCAGUUCGAGUCAGCAUCGCCGUCAAGCAGGCAGAUGAGAUCGAGAAGAUUCUGUGCCAUAAAUUCAUGCGUUUCAUGAUGAUGAGAGCAGAGAACUUCUUCAUCCUCAGGAGGAAACCCGUGGAGGGCUAUGACAUCAGUUUUCUCAUCACCAACUUCCACACAGAGCAGAUGUACAAACACAAGCUGGUGGAUUUUGUCAUUCAUUUCAUGGAAGAAAUUGACAAGGAGAUCAGUGAAAUGAAGCUGUCUGUCAACGCCAGGGCUCGCAUCGUCGCUGAGGAGUUCCUCAAAAAUUUCUGAGAGAGAAAACCUACAUUCCUUUUGCAAUCUUGGCCGUCAAUGUGGAACGUUCAGAGAUCAGAGAGGAGACAAAAUAUGAUCAGCCAAGAGGAGAUGAGAAACAGAAGGCGUACAGUAAAGACGUAUGGGCCAAUGGGGUUCUGCCCUUUAACCUUGAAAAGCCCCUUUGCUCAAAAAUAUUGAUGUUUGUACAUAAUGAAUAUUCACACCAGAUGUUUAUUUCUGCCUGUAGAACAUCAGAGGAAGUCAGGACAGGUCCUUUGUAAUCAAUAUUAGUGAGCACAGGGUAAUAUGGACUUUAUUUUAAAAUAAUUUAAAUGUUUUUUUUUAAUAUAUAUAUAUAUAGAAAUACUAUGUGCACAUAAAUUUAAUUUUGCUGUUUCGUUAGGACAGACCAUGAGGGCAAUCAAUUGGCGCACAUUUCUUUUCACAAGUACAGAGUCAACCUUAUUGUAAAUGGAAAUAAUUAAAAUAAAUAUACUUGCUGGCAGUAAACAUAAAUAAAAACAUUAUCCUUUGUA